AUGCAAUGCGAGAAUCCAUUAUAUCCUCUACUGGAAUUAAGAAACAGAGCAAGAGAGAUUUGUUGUUCGAAUAAUUCAACGAUCGGCCUCAUGUACUCUCCAAAAGAAAGCAAGCGAGCAAGAGGGUUUGACAUAUAUUUACAGGAUGUUGUGGACCAUCGAGAUAUUGAAGAGUUGGGAGUAGCUGAAGGAGGUGAUUCCGACGAAGGGGAUAGCGGAAGAUUGACUUCAUGCGAGUUUCUGAUUCUGUGUUGUUCUCUACCUUCAUCUCAACUAGAUUAUGAUGAGAAGGCAGAAGAUGCUGUUGAUUAUGAAGAUAUCGACGAGCAGUAUGAAGGACCAGAAGUCCAAGCUGUUACAGAGGAGGACUAUCUGCGGAAAAGUUAUCUUUCCAAAGAAGUUGCAGCAUCUACUUUGGAGAAUGCAGCUUCUAUCUAUGAUGAUGAAAAUUACGAUGAAGAAGAAGACGAAGACGAAGACAAAGAUGAAAAGCAACACAAGGAGGUGGAAAAUAGUGAUGUACAUCAACCUUUUCAUUCUCCAGGUGAGCAAAUUAGUGGUCAUGAAGUGCUAUUACUAGAGAAAGAAAUCCAAGAAGACAUUCUUUUUAGAGAUGUACUAGACUCUGAAAAUUUGGAUGCUGAAGUGGUGGACGCCGGGGAGGAGGAACAGAAUGCUCCAGAAGAGCCAGCUGGUGAUGGCUGUUCAGCACCACUUCCUAUACUUUGUGUGGAGGAUGGGAUGGCGAUCUUAAAGUUUUCUGAAAUUUUCGGCAUUCAUGAGCCCCUAAAGAAAGCAGUGAAAAGGGAUCGCCCGUUCAUUACUCCCAAAGAGAGGCACAAACCCUUGGAUGCCUGCUGUAUGGUUGAAGAAGAUGAAGAAAACUUCUUGAAGGAGUGUUGGCCAAAAUUUUCUGGGAUGAGGGAAUCAUACGUGACUAAAAGUGAAAUUGCCAUGAUGGAUGAUGUACUGGAGUCAGAAAACUUUUUAACUGUUCAGGGAAAUGGAAAGAUUGCCUCAAUGGUCGAUGAUCAUAGGAAAGAUUCUUGUUUUAGUGCUGAACCAAUGAAAAAGUGUUCUUCUGUAAAUACUUUUACUGAAUGGAGUCCACCUCCUUUACCCGAACUGUACCUACUUGAACAUCAAGAUUGGGAAGACAAGAUUAUCUGGAAUAACUCGCCAUCUUCGAAUGAUGUUGGUGAGGGUUGUGAGCUUUCUGGACCUGAUUCUGAAUCGUUGGCCUAUAGGGAAAGGGAUUUUGAGGCUGAGGCACAAGCUAUCACGCCGGAAACUCAAAGUGAUCUUUAUGAAAAGGAUCAUGGUUCUUUCCUGCGUAGUCGUUCUGUUUCAGUGGAACCAUUUGGCUCAGAAAAAAUUUCUGGACGUGCAAAUCUUUCCUUUCUGGGAGGUAGAUAUCAUCCUCAACUUUUAAGGUUAGAGUCUCGUGCAGACAUGGAUGACCCGAACACAGAUUUUGGAGACGAUGAUGCUUCCAAAGCAAAACUCUGCAAUGAUACCAUGAAGCGUUUUAGCAACCUCACAUUACAGAAUAGGGAUAUAGUGGGAGAAACAUGGUUAGAUAAUAUUGUAUGGGAACCACAUCAAUCCAUUGCAAGGCCAAAGCUAAUUCUUGAUCUCCAAGAUGAUCAGAUGCUUUUCGAACUUUUGGACAAUAAGAGUGCGAAGGACCUUUGGCUUCACGCAGGCGCUAUGGUCAAAGCUCGUUCUGUAAUUCCCAGCAAUGGGGAUUCACUCGAGGUACAUGGUCAUCGAGGCAUAUCAGCUGGCCAGUUCAAUAUUGCUAAUGACAAAUUUUAUCCAAAUAGAAUAUCUUCUCAGCAGCGGGGCUCACAUUCCAAAAAAAGAACCGAUCAUAAAAAUUUGCAUUCUGUACCAGCACUUAAACUACAGACUAUGAAAGUGAAGCUAAGCAACAAGGAUAUUGCUAAUUUUCACCGCCCGAAAGCUUUAUGGUAUCCUCAUGAUAUUGAGGUGGCUCUCAAGGAACAAGAAAAGCUACCUACACAGGGACCAAUGAAAGUUAUACUGAAGAGUUUGGGAGGCAAAGGAAGUAAACUUCAUGUUGAUGCUGAAGAAACCAUUUUGUCAGUUAAGGCUAAAGCAUCAAAAAAGCUAGAUUUUAAACUAUCUGAGCCAGUGAAAAUAUAUUUUUCGGGAAUGGAGCUUGAAGAUCACAAAUCUCUUGCAGAACAAAAUGUUCGUCCAAACUCCGUGUUGCAUCUUAUUCGUACAAAAGUACAUCUACUGCCCAGAGCGCAAAAGCUUCCUGGUCAGAACAAGUCUCUUCGUCCUCCUGGGGCAUUUAAGAAGAAAUCUGAUCUUUCAGUGAAAGAUGGCCAUGUUUUCUUAAUGGAAUACUGCGAGGAAAGACCUUUACUCCUGGGGAAUGCUGGAAUGGGUGCAAAACUUUGUACGUACUAUCAGAAAUCUGCCCCUGGUGAUCAAGUGGGCAGUAUGCUUCGUAAUGAAAAUCAAAGUUUGGGGAGUAUCCGCAUACUUAAUCCUGCUGAUAAAUCUCCUUUCCUUGGAGAUAUAAAACCUGGUUGCAGCCAGUCAUGCCUUGAAACUAACAUGUACAGGUCACCCAUAUUUCAGCAUAAAGUGUCAUCUACAGAUUAUUUACUGGUACGGUCUGCAAAAGGCAAGCUUUCCAUAAGGCGUAUUGACAGGAUUGAUGUUGUUGGACAACAGGAGCCUCACAUGGAAGUAAUAUCGCCUGCAAAAGGUACUGUGCAGUCAUAUAAUGGGAAGAGGCUACUGGUUUACAUGUAUAGAGAGUUCUAUGCUGCGGAAAAGCGUGGUUUGCAUCCUUCCAUACGUGCAGAUGAGUUGUCUGCUCUAUUUCCUAGCUUCUCUGAAGCUGUUGUUCGGAAGCAACUGAAAAAUAUUGCUGAUUUACAGAGGGGACCCAAUGGACAACUUCUUUGGGUUAUGAGGCGCAAUUCCCGCAUCCCCUCCGAGGAAGAAUUGAGGAGGAUGGUGACACCUGAAGAUGUGUGUGCCUAUGAGAGCAUGCUGGCUGGCCAAUACAGGCUUAGGCGGUUAGGAAUCACUAGGCUGACUCAUCCUGCAGGCCUUUCGUCUGCAAUGAAUCAACUGCCAGAUGAAGCAAUUGCUUUAGCUGCUGCAUCACACAUUGAAAGAGAAUUGCAGAUAACACCAUGGAAUUUGAGCAGCAAUUUUGUGGCCUGUACGAAAGAGGAUGAAGAAAAGAUUGAGCGUCUAGAGAUUACUGGUGUUGGUGACCCUUCUGGACGGGGUCUAGGUUUCAGUUAUGUUCGUGUAACUCCUAAGGCCCCAAUUUCAAAUGCAAUGGUGAAGAAGAAAGCAGUUGUUGGCAAAGGAUCAACAGUAACUGGAACAGAUGCUGAUCUGCGUAGAUUGAGCAUGGAAGCUGCAAGAGAGCUUCUCCUUAAAUUCAAAGUUCCGGAAGAGCAGAUUGCCAAACUAACUCGUUGGCAUAGGAUUGCUUUGAUACGCAAGCUUUCAAGUGAGCAAGCUGCAUCCGGUGUUCAGGUUGAUCCAACAACAACAAGCAAGUUUGCUCGAGGACAGCGCAUGUCUUUCUUGCAGCUUCAGCAGCAGACACGAGAAAAAUGUCAGGAAAUUUGGGAUCGGCAAGUUCAAAGUCUUUCUACUGCUGACACUGAAGAAAAUGAGAGUGAAUCGGAGGCAAACAGUGACUUGGAUUCUUUUGCCGGAGAUUUGGAAAAUCUUCUAGAUGCUGAAGAGGGCGAAGAAGGUAAUAAUGAGUCUAAUCAUGAUGGUGCAGAUGGUGUCAAAGGACUUAAAAUGCGACGUCGCCCAUUUCAAACUCAAGCAGAAGAAGAAAUUGAAGAUGAGGCGGCAGAAGCAGCAGAAUUGUGCAGGAUGCUAAUGGAUGAUGAAGAAGAUGAAAGGAAAAAGAAGAAAAAAGAGCGAGCUUUUGGGGAGCAAGUGGGACUGGCCUCAAAAUCGAUGUUUGGUCCUGAAAGCAGUGAACGAAUUAAGAAGAACUCCACAGUUGUUAAAAAAACCUCCCAGUCCGAGGGAUCCUUUGCAUUUAAGGAAAUUACUAAAAAUCAAAGAGAGAUCGAGAAUUUUUCUGCUAGAAGGAACCUAUCGGCAAAAGUAAAACCGAAGAGAAAGAAUGACAUCGAACAAAUGGGGUUACUGCAUAAAAAAGUUAGAAUAUUAGGGGAUGGAAUGAAGAUAAUCAAGGAAAAGAAAUCAGCAAGAGAGAGUUUUGUAUGUGGGGCUUGUGGCCAGCUUGGUCAUAUGAGGACCAACAAGAACUGCCCUAAGUACGGGGAAGAUUCAGAAACACGAGUCGAAAGAAUGGAUCCUGAUAUGGCCCUUGGGAAACCUAAACCUAAUUAUGUUGAUCAAGUCGAGCCAACCCCUCAGAAAAUUAUUCCUAGAAAGCUCGUACAGAAAAGUGCAACAAAAAUUGCUGUGGUAGAAGCACAGGAAGACGAUAGGCCUAGUGCAAAAGCAAAAGUUCUGAAGGUCAAAUGUGGGUCAACGGAUAAUCUUUCUGAUAAACUCACUCCUGUGGCCCCACAAAUUUCUGACAAACCAGUUAAAUCAGAUGCUGAAACAGGACAUAAUGCUGCUGUCAAAGUCAAUAAGAUAAUUUUUUCAAACAAGACGAAACCCGAAGAUUCUCAGGUUGAAUCACAUAAGCCCUCUAUAGUAAUAAGGCCACCAAUGGAGGGUGAGAGAGAACAGUCUCAUAAGAAAAUUAUUAUUAAAAAGCCAAAAGAGAUUAUUAAUGUGGAUGAAAUUAGCCAGGAAGGAAGUGUUGGCCAUGAAUACCGGAAAAUGAAGAAAAUUAUUGACUUGUCGAGUCUUGAUAAGCAUAGGGAGCUUGAAAGCCAACAUCUCUCGGAAGGGACGUCAAGGAUGAGAAGUGCAGAGGAUAUGCGACGGUGGGAAGAAGAAGAGAAAAGGAUAACUGCAGAAAGGCACAAAGAAGAAAGAGCCAGAAGGGCGUACGAGGAAAAAAUGACAAUGUUUGAAGAGAGAGAGAAGUUAGACGAGUUAAGAAGGUAUCAAGAAGCCAUAAGAAGAGAGCGAGAAGAAGAAGAAAGGCAGAAGGCAAAGUCAAAGAAAAAAAAGAAGAAAAAGCCUGAGAUAAGGGAUAAUUACGUAGAUGACCUUCCUCCUAGAAGAAAUGAUAGAAGAAUACCCGAAAGAGAGAGAAUGGGGUGGAGGCGGCCUGCUGUCGAGUCUGGAAGGUACACUUCUGAGAGUGCCCCACCUGCUAAGCGGCGACGAGGAGGGGAGGUUGGUUUGUCAAACAUAUUGGAAAGCAUUGUGGAAACUCUUAAAGACAGGAAAGAUCUUUCCUACCUCUUUCAAAAGCCAGUGUCGAAGAAGGAAGCUCCCGACUAUUUGGAUUUCGUUGAACACCCUAUGGAUUUGUCCACGAUGAGGGAUAAAGCAAGAAGGUUAAUCUACAAGAACCGUGAGGAGUUCAGGCAUGACAUGUAUCAGAUUGCGUACAACGCUCACCUGUACAAUGACCGGCGGAACCCAGGUAUUCCUCCCCUUGCAGAUCAACUGCUGGAGCUCUGUGACAACUUGUUAGAUGUUAAAGACGAAGAAUUAACAGAAGCUGAAGCUGGCAUCGAGUAUGUAGACAAUUAGGUAAAAUGUACUUCUGGUUACCAUCGAGCCCCAAGUUUGAGAGCUUUUCCCCUUCACCUUACUUGGUAUCCCAUGGGGUUGGUACUUAUUGGUUCCAAUCAAAGUUGUCCCUCGGCAGAUCAAGUUCUGGAAUGGCUACAUCAGUAUGGUGCAGACUUCACAAAAUCUGAAGCCAGCAUUGAAUAUGUAGACUAGACAAUUAGGUAAAAUUUAGGUUCUUCCGGACCCAUGAUAUUUUUGAUAGCGUUUUACCCUUUACUUAUUUGGGUUCCCAUGGGUUCGGUACUUAAAGAUUAAUGUGAAGAUCUCACUUUUACAGUAUAGCCAUCACAUAUUGUAGCAUAUUUGUAUACAUGCAAGUUCUGUAUUUAUGAGGCGACAAAAAUGUAAAGAAAUUUGUAUAUUGCACAAGAAUGAGUAAUGUUUUAGGAAAGAGGGUGAUGCUACA